GACUCGGCACUGGCAGGCGGCUUUGCUUGACACAUUUGAAUCACCUGGUAUGAGUAGAAAUAAGCAGAUUUUCCUGUUUUUGACUGCUUUCGGCUUUCCCACUUUUAUUAGCGGGUUUUCCACUGCAAAGAUCUAAGGAAUUCCGACAUCUGCGUUGUUAUUUAUUAAUAAUUUUGAGAGGAUCAUCGACUAUCGUCAUCAUGUUUCUUUUCCCAGUUGGGACAAAGUGCAGCGAAAUCCAGUGUAUUUCUGAACCAUGCAUCCAGCAUUGGCGCGAUGGGGGUGAUGGCAUCCCGCAGCAAAUACACUCUCCCGGAUCUGCCCUACGAUUACAAUGCCCUGGAACCGGUGAUUUCGGGGGAGAUUAUGAAGCUGCACCACCAGAAACACCAUGCCACCUAUGUACAGAAUCUGAAUGCGGCGGAGGAAAAAGCCACCACAGCGCUGCAGAAAGGUGAUUUAUAAACGGCCAUCGAGGUUCAAGGCGCUCUGAAAUUCAACGGCGAUGGCCACAUUAUUCACCGUAUUUUCUGGAAGAAUCUCGCGCCUGUCAGUCAAGGAGUGCUGCUAGAAGCAACCGGAAGGUAAAUGGGUUUUUUUCUGUAGGCCUUUUUGGUUGAUUGCUUUACUGAACACUCUCGCAUAUCCUCAUCAAAUGAAAGAACACCAGAUAUGCUACGAGGAGACUGUGAAGAUCUGAUGGCUGGAUGUGGCUAAAUGUUUAUCUUCACUGCAUCGGAUUACGGUGAUCUUGCCGCUGCCAUUAAACGGGAUUUCGGAGAUGUUGAGUCGACGAAGAAGAAGCUGAGCGAAAAGGCGACAGCCGUACAAGGAUCGGGAUGGGCAUGGCUGGGAUAUUGUCCGAAAAUGAAGCGCCUGGCCAUUGCACAGUGCGCCAACCAGGAUCCACUGGAACCCACUCUCGGUUUGGUUCCCUUGCUGGGCAUCGAUGUAUGGGAGCAUGCCUAUUAUCUACAGUACAAGAAUGUUCGCGCUGACUAUGUGAAGGAGAUCCGGAAGAUUGUCAACUGGAAGGAUGUCGCUGAGCGGUUCGGACAGGCUGCCGCUGGCAAAUAAUUCUGAUUUAGUGUGCAGUUCCAUUGUUUGAUUGGUUUAAUUAAACCGCUGUGGCUGAUAAUGGCUUAAAUCCGUAGUACUUUCCUUCCACAUAAUGAGUGGCAUAAACAUGCUGGUCACCACUGGUCAAAUACUAAUAAA